AUGCCCAAGGGAAAAAGAAAAGUUAAAGGGUUAGUGGGGAAAUUGAAAGUGGAAACUUCAGAUGAAGAUUCUAAUUUUGAUAAUGCUAGUAUAAUUACUAGUCAUUCAGAUAACAGAAGUAUUGUCGAAGAAGGUUCGGAAGAAGUUGAUGAAGCAAGCCAAGAAGAAAUUUUUGAAGAAAAAUUAAAAGAAGCUAUCGAUGGUUUGGGAGAAAAGUCAACCCAAAGGAGAAUUUCAUGUUUGGAAUCGAUUUCUACAGCUUUUACAAAAAAAAUCGUACCUGAUUUUAUCAAUGACAGGCGAAUGACCAUCACUGAUGCCAUUGAAAAAUGCUUGAAGAAAGGUCGAGGACAGGAACAAUCGUCUGCAGCCAAUUUAGCCAUUCUUCUUUGCUUUCAACUGGAUGAUUUGGCUUAUGAUUUGCGAAAAAGUUUAGGACCUUUGCUGCAGUCAUUGUCUCGUGAUCUUAGCGUUCAAAUUCAAGCUCGAGCAAAAAGUUGCUAUGCACUUGCCUUAAUUAAUUUUUUGGCUGGAAGUGAAUUGAAUGAUAUUAUUGAACCAAUGCAAUCAUUAGAAGAAAUUUUUUGCGGAUCAUAUUUAAAAAGCAAUGGUUCAAUGCCCAAUAUUACUGCUGAAGAAGCCAAUUUGCAUGCUGCUGCUUUGUCUUCCUGGAAUCUUUUGCUCACUCUUUUGAGCCCUUCUGAUGUAUACACGUUUAUGUCUUCUAAUGAAAAAAAAUUAGGUGAAUUGUUAGACUCUAAUUAUUUGGAUGUAAGGAUGGCUGCUGGAGAAUGUAUUUGCUUAGCUUAUGAAUUAGGGAGAAAUUUUGCUACAGAUUUUGGUGAAAGUUAUUUUGAUUCAUUGUGCGAAACUCUUAAACAGCUAGCAAAUGAUUCAAAUAGAUACAGAGCUAAAAAAGAUCGAAAAACUCAAAGAUCUAGUUUUAGAGAUAUUUUACAUUUUAUUGAAGAAGAUAUAAAUCCAGAUAUACAUGUUAAAUUCGGACAAGAAAUGCUUUUACUGGAUACCUGGUGUAGAAAAAAACAGUAUGAUAUGUUUUGUUCAGUAUUGGGUUCUGGUACAAAUUAUCAUUUGGCAGAAAAUCGCUUCGUCAGAGAAAUAUUCGAUUUAGGUGAUAAAAUAUCAUCUAUGACUAGUGCUGAUUUAAAGCAAUCCAAACAUGAUAGGUAUUUAGCAAAUGCGGCUGCUUUCAAGGCUAGAACCAUAUCAAGAGGAAAAAAUCGUGAUAAAAGAUCCAUUGUUUUGGCUUGCUGA